AUGCUGGGCCCACCUCGAUCCAAGAUCUCCUUUAUGGUGCUCAUGAACGAGAUCCGCCCGGGCCUGCUUACACUGAUUGAGCAACCUUCUGGAAGCUGGGCCUUCAAGCAGCCUGAAUUCAUCAGGUUGGCACAAGUCACAGCUUGGAGAAGAGAUGUGGGACAAGGCUUGUGCAGCAAAUUCUUCCGCUUGGAAAAACGCCAAGCAUUGAGAAAGCAAAAGCUCACAGAUCUCAUGGAGGAAGCAGACCCAGAAGACCCUACAUUUGAGGUCAUGUUUCGCCAGCUUCUGUUGGAAGACCGCUUGAUCAAGGAAUUGUCAGAUUCUUGGCGCGCAGCUUCCGGAGUGGCUAUUUAUCAAUGCAUGUUUAUUACCUUCCAUCGUGAUGACGACGAUCCCUUCAAGCCGACCACUCCUGCCAAAGAAGUCAAGCGCACCCAGUCAAAGGAGAAAACCAUGGAUCCAACACCUGAAAAAGUACCCGCAGUCAAGGGCCCAGUAGCUGCUCAGGGGCUUUGCCGACCAGCUGAUUUUGGAAAACCCAAGAAACGUGGUCCUGUUGUCAUGGCCAGGGCAGGUCAGCCUGUAGCGCUGAAUGGCGCUGAACUGGAUGAGGAGGCGCAGAGAACUCAACAGGCUGAUGAAGAUUUGCAGCUGCUGCCAGAUGAAGAUGCUGAUGUUGACCUGGUUCCAGGGCAAAUUCGAAGGAAAUCACACAUGCGGCUUUGCAAGAGCCUUCAGCCGAGUGAGCACACUGUGAAGUCCAAGGCUGUCAAGGGCUACCUUUCGUCAAUUGGCAUCGCGUACCCAGUGUUCCAAAGGUUCCAUGCAAGGCGUGGAACAAUGAGAAAGGUCUGCGUGUGCAAGAGUGGUGGCUUUGUGAGCCUACAACAGCUGUUGGUGACUCAGAAGGAUGUGUCCUGUGAAUCUUGUGCCGCCUUGCUUUCCCACUUCGGGUUCAAUGCGGACUUGCUUGCCGAUGCCAUCCAGAAGGGCCUGGCUGGAGAGGAUGUCUUUGCUACCUUGCCAGAUCAACAGGGCUCAGAAGACAAGAAAGAUCCAAUUGAGGAUGGUGAAGAGCGAGAAGCAGAACAGGAUGAUGAUCCAUUUGAUGAGGUAAAGAAGCAUCAGGGUGUGGUGGAACUUCUGCCACCUGGUACCAUGGGAAAGAGAUUUCCAUUUCGGUGCCUGCUGUGCCGCUCGGGAACACAGCCACACGGCCGCGUUGUUGCCAAGUUUGCAACAAAGUUUCUCUUUGCCAAGCUGCUGGGAGCCCGGCUCUUUCAAGGAACCGACGGCGUGAAAGAGGUGGAACAAGAGAUUCGGGAAUCCCGGAUCUUCAGCUCUGAUCCCGCACGAGCAGAGAGCAUCAUGCGGCUGUCAAAUGCCGACUUGCAACAAUUUGUCAGAAAUCCCUGGUUGAAGACACCAAAGGAAUGGAUCGGGGAGAAUGAAGCAAAUUUCAUGGCUUGUGUGGUGAAGCCAGCUCUCAGUCUUACUGUGACCAACAUGCCAGACUGCUUUGCCGAUGUGAUUUCCCGCUUUGCGGUUUGGAUGCACAACAAAGAAACAUCGGAGACUGAUAAAGCCAACAUGCGCGUAGCAGCAGGUGUUUUGCAAGGCCGCCUGCAGCACCAUCCCCUUUUGCACGGCAUAGCGCUCCAGAGUCUCAGAAUGGCCGACAAGCGCAAUCGAGGCAUUUUGAAUAUGAGGGGACGAAGAUUCAUGGAGAGUCCGCUGGAGAAGAAGUUGAUCACAGACGCUGGUUUGACCUUGGCAACUUCUUCAGGAAUCAGCUCCCUCGUGAAGAUGUUUGGAAUUUCUGUGAGAGAAUGCAAAGUGACUUUGGAAAGCCUUCUUGCAGAAAGCCUUCCUCACCGAGCUUUGGCAGUAGACUGGCCAGAGGUGCUUUCCGAGAACUGGAACCUUUUGAACCAGCGGCAUCCAUUGUCGGAGGGGCAGAAUCAGUGUUACUUUGCUACUUCAAGUCGUCUAUGGAUGGCCUUCGAUGGAACAUACCUCACCCCGACUUUGUCGCAAAUUCAGAUUCACGAGCGCCACGGCCUGGUUGGAGGAAAAUGGAGCAGUGAGAAUAAGGAGAAUGCGUUCGUCAGUUUGGAGGAGGAUGGGGUGGAUGUAUCUGGUGUGCCACGGGCAAACACUAUGAUGGAGUUUUGGUGCUGGGACCCCUCAGCCAGAAAGAAGAUCCCACUUUCAGUGUGUGCCGUCCCAGUGGAACAGAACUUUGGAGGCCAGAAUCGAGCUCAGUGGGGGAUCCUGGAACUUGUUGGACAAGUCACAGCAACAAGAACGCCUAGCUUCUUGCGCACCAUCCAGUGGGGAAAGCUGUGGACGGAUACCACGCAGGCAAGAUCCCACGGGCUCCCGCCUGUGGCGUAUGCCAGGGUCAAUGCUAUGUCGGACAAAUUGAACGCCUUGCUAUGCAACCCUUUCUACCUCGUGGUGGACGCAGAUGUUGCCAUGGAAGAUAUGGUGGUUCCAUGGAGUUUGGCUGGCUUUUGUGUCCACAACGUUGUGGUGGCCCUUUGUGUGGCGCCAGCGCUGCAUAAGCGGAUGACGCUGAAGGAGCGGUGCAGCGCGGCAUUGGCCGGGUUCCUUUGCCUCGACCUUUUCCAGAUGUGCGCGCACCAGACCUGCGUGAAGAUGAAAUUGCCAAAGGGCAGCUGCUUCCUAGCGCCCCAGACGGUGCACAAUUUGCAAGGAACUGCAUUGGCAACGGUCGUGAUUUGUGCCACAAAGGACACUGGCUUCGAACCCUGGUCUUUUGGCCAUUGCAGACUUUCAGAGAUCUCAGUGGAAGAGUACUUCGGAAUGUUGAGAUCCAGGAGCUCCAACUCACAACUCUCCACCAGAGGAUAUUUCUAUGCUUCGGCCCUGCAGGCAAUGCGCAGCAACCAUGCACUCAACAAGACCAAGCGCAAGCCUGAGGUGCAGAACGGGCAGUCACGCUUGACCGAGCUUGAGCCUAUUGCCGGACAUUUCAGUUAA